CCCAUUUCCUGUCCUUUUUCCCCUAUAUAAAAAUGACCAACUUAGUGUAAGAUUGCUCAAUCAAACAACUAACUUUACUCAAUAAUAAUACUCAAAAUGGUUAUGCUGAGCAAGUUCCCAUCAGUUAGCAAAUGUGCAUCCAUAGGCAGAGAAAAGCACACGGUGGUUGCUGACAUGGAUGGCACCUUACUCAUCGGCCGUAGCUCCUUCCCGUAUUUCGCGCUCAUAGCUUUCGAAGCAGGCGGCUUUUUCAGGCUUCUUUUCUUGCUUCUAGCGUCGCCCUUGGCCGCGCUUCUUUACUACUUUGUUUCGGAAUCUGCCGGGAUUCAACUACUUAUUUUUACCUCAUUUGCGGGUAUGAAAAUAUCCGAUAUAGAAUCCGUAGCGCGUGCAGUGCUGCCGAAAUUCUAUUCGGGUGAUCUUCAUCCGGAGUCAUGGCGUGUGUUCUCGUCCUGCGGGAAGCGCUGCGUGUUGACUGCGAAUCCGAGGAUAAUGGUGGAGGCAUUUUUGAAGGAUUUCUUGGGAGCUGAUUUAGUGUUGGGUACUGAAAUAUCAAGCUAUAAAGGUAGAGCUACAGGUUUUGUUAAGAGUCCUGGUGUUCUUGUAGGUAGUAACAAGGCAAAUGCCCUUCAAAAGACUUUUGGAGAUACAAAGCCUGAAAUUGGGCUUGGAGAUAGGCAUACAGAUGCGCCAUUUAUGUCUUUGUGCAAGGAGAGUUACCUAGUGUCCCCGAAUCCGAAAGUGAGGGCGGUAACGACCGAAAAACUUCCGAAACCGAUCGUGUUCCACGAUGGCAGGCUAGUCCAGAAGCCAACACCAUUGAUGGCACUACUCAUCAUAUUAUGGAUUCCAAUAGGAUUUAUUCUAGGCUGCCUGAGAAUUGCAGCAGGAUCCCUUCUGCCAAUGCCAAUCGUCUACUAUGCAUUCUUAGCACUCGGUGUUCGAGUCACCGUUAAAGGCACUCCCCCUCCUCCCCCGAAGAAAUCAACCGGCCAAUCCGGUGUCCUAUUCGUCUGCUCUCACAGAACUCUCCUCGACCCCAUUUUCCUCUCCACGGCGCUUGGCCGCCCUAUAGCAGCCGUGACAUACUCCGUUUCUCGUCUCUCCGAAAUCAUAUCGCCCAUCAAAACCGUGAGGCUCAGCCGCGAUCGCGCAGCCGAUGCAGCCAUGAUCAAGAAGUUAUUAGUAGAAGGUGACUUAGCAAUUUGUCCGGAAGGGACUACUUGUAGGGAACCGUUUCUUUUAAGAUUCUCGGCAUUAUUCGCCGAGCUGACCGACGAAAUUGUUCCGGUGGCUAUGGUAAAUAGAAUGAGUAUGUUCCACGGAACUACGGCGAGAGGAUGGAAAGGGAUGGAUCCAUUCUACUUUUUCAUGAACCCUAGUCCGGCUUAUGAAGUGACUUUCUUGAGUAAAUUGCCGAAGGAGUUAACUUGCAGUUCAAGUAAGUCGAGCCAUGAAGUGGCUAAUUAUAUUCAGAGGGUGAUUGCUGCUACUUUAUCAUACGAGUGCACUCAAUUUACUAGAAAAGAUAAGUAUAGAGCACUUGCUGGGAAUGAUGGUAUUGUUGCUGACAAAUCUAAUAACCUCAAACCCAACAAAUUAAUGGGCUGUUAAUUUCUUGCUGUUUUGAACAUAUUUUUCUUACAAUUUCA